AUGCAUUUUUAUCGUAUAUGUCUUGUCUUUUUUCAUAUAGCCAGUGCUUUGAGUUAUUUUCCACAUUUAAUAACACAUAUAAUACGUAUACCAUUUCGUUAUAUUUCAUUUCGUUCAAAAAUUGCUUAUAUAACUUAUUGGAUUAGUUAUUCUUUACUUGUUCUUGGUGUUUUAAUUUGGUGUUUGAUUGUUGUAUGUCGAAAAAAUACAAUAUGGCAAAUAAUUCAAGUAUCUGCUUAUUUAUUAAUUGCAAAAUUAAUCUAUACAUUAUUUGAUGUUACUGUAAGAAUUCUUUUAAAUUAUUCAUUUACUGUUAUUGUUUUUGAUAUAAUACAUAUUAUAUUAUUAAUACCAGCUAUUAUAUUUUCAUUUUUACUUGUUCAACAUGUUAAAAAGAAAAAAGAUUUUCAAAAACCUUCUCAAGUAUUAAUAAGUCUUGAACAAGAAACAUUAUCUUGUAAUUAA